UUCGACUCGAAGUCACUAAUAUUUCAAGAAAUCGGCUUCGCUACAUUUUUCGCCCAUCAUGGUCGGUAUGGCUAUGGGUACGGCCAAGAGCGAACAUGCUGCGGCCCGCGCAGACGCGCCUGAGUUCGAGAAGGUUAUCUGGCACAAGGACCCGAAUCUGCGCAAGCUAUACUUCUGGGCUUGUAUUCUCUGUGUUGCCUCUGCGACGACUGGUUACGAUGGUAUGAUGAUGAACUCAUCGCAACAGAUGGACCGAUGGCAAAAUUACUUCAACAAGCCUGAUGACAACCGCCUGGGUAUCAUGAACAACGCCUACAAUAUUGGUUCUAUCAUUAGUUUCUUCAUCGUUCCCUUCUACACCCAGUGGCUCGGCCGUAAGAUCCCAAUCGCCACCGGCUGUGUUAUCAUGUGUGCUGGUGCUCUCGUCUCCACCUUCUCCACCAACUGGAAGGUUUACAUGGCCGGUCGUCUCGUGCUCGGGUUCGGCAACUCCUUUGCACAGAUGUGCUCACCCAUUCUUCUGACUGAAAUUUGCCAUCCCCAGCAUCGUGCGGUCUUCACGGCCGUGUACAACUGCCUCUGGAACUUGGGCGCUCUCUUCGUCGCAUGGGUAGCAUGGGGCACAUCCCAGGCCAACAACGAGUGGUCCUGGAGGUCCAUCACCCUCCUUCAGGCUCUCCCAUCCGUUAUCCAGCUGGCCUUCAUCUUCUGGGUUCCAGAAUCACCACGUUGGUUGAUUUCCAAAGAGCGCUAUGAUGAGGCACUCGACAUGCUGGCUUACUACCACGCCAAUGGCGACAGGACCAACGCGACAGUCCAGUACGAGUACCAGGAGAUGAGGGAUACUAUCAGGAUGGACAGUGAAGCGAACAGAAACUCUAGUUACAUGGACUUCUUCAAGACGAAGGGUAACCGCUGGAGGUUGGCUAUCCUCAUCUCCCUCGGUAUCAUCUCGCAAUACUCCGGCAACGCUCUCUUCUCCAAUUAUAUCAACCUGGUCUACACAGGUGCUGGUAUCACGAACCAAAGUCAGAAGAUGGCUCUCUCUGGUGGUGAACGUAUCUUGUACCUCGCCGUAUCCAUCUACGCCGCCACAUUAAUCGACAAGGUCGGCCGUCGCCCACUUUUCUUAAUCGCCACUGUUGGCAUGGUCUUCUCAUUCAUCUGCUGGACCAUCACCUGCGCCAUUUAUGAGAAUUCAAAUGGGACCAACUCAGCCGCCGGCUACGCUCAGAUUCCUUUCGUCUGGAUCUUCGGUGUCUGCUACGCCAUAUCAUGGUCUGGUUUGCUGAUCGCCUACGCCCUCGAGAUCUUGCCGUAUCACCUGCGUGCCAAGGGCUUGACUAUCAUGAACAUUACCGUUCAGGCCAUCUUGGCAAUUGGUGGCCAGACCAACCCUGUUGCGUGGAAGCGUCUUCCAAAGCACUGGAAUUUGGCUCUGUUCUACACCUUGUGGAUCACCGUCGAGCUUAUCUGGGUAUACUUCGUUUACCCUGAGACCAAAGGCCCGACUCUCGAGGAGAUUGGUCGUAUCUUCGACGGAUCCGAUGCUGUUGUGCAACCCAACCUCGAAACCAUCGAGAAAGAGAUCCAAGAGGAGCGCCUUUCCAGCACUAUGGACGAGAAGAACCCGCGCAUUGAGCAGACUCGCGUCUAGAGCGCUCUCAAGCUACCUUCGUUUGUGUACUAAUUCAUAACCGGGCGAGUGAGGGGUGGAUGGGGAAGAUAAUUGACAUGAAGGUUGCGAACAAGUGUGUGAGUGUUGGGAAUAUUCCCAUACGAGCAAGUCAAAUUUGAAUACAAUCUUCGCAUUGGCCUAGCCC